AUGGUUUCCAUAGAGGAUAUUACCAUGCCUAAGAAGUUUGUCAAGCUGCUGAUUGUUCAUUUGGCUCUGACUGAAAUUGUUCUAAGUGGGAAUGUGCUAAUUUGGCCUACAGAUGGUAGCCAUUGGUUAAAUAUUAAGAUCAUUCUAGAAGAGUUGAUUCAAAGAAAUCACAAUGUGACUGUACUGGCUUCAUCAGCAACUCUAUUCAUCAACUCCAAUUUUGAUUCUCCUGUGAAUUUUGAAACGAUACCUGUUUCUUACAAGAAGAGCAAUAUAGAUUCUUUAAUUGAACAUAUGAUAAUGCUGUGGAUAGAUCAUAGACCAACUCCUCUCACACUAUGGACUUUCUACAAAGAACUAGGAAAACUCCUAGAUACUUUCUUUCGAAUUAAUAUACAAAUCUGCGAUGGUGUAUUAAACAACUCCAAGUUAAUGGCAAAACUUCACAAAGGAGAUUUUUCUGUGUUGGUAGCAGACCCAGUAACAAUCUGUGGUGACCUAGUUGCUCUGAAGUUAGGAAUUCCAUUUAUAUUCACGUUGAGGUUCUCUCCAGCCUCAACAGUGGAGAGACACUGUGGGAAAAUCCCAGCACCAGCUUCCUAUGUUCCUGCAGCCUUGUCAGAGCUCACUGACCAGAUGACCUUUGGCGAAAGGGUUAAAAAUACAAUAUCUUAUCCUCUGCAAGACUAUAUAUUUCAGUCCUACUGGGGAGAAUGGAAUUCAUACUACAGCAAAAUUCUAGGAAGAUCCACUACUUUAUGUGAGACUAUGGGGAAAGCAGAAAUUUGGCUAAUUCGAACAUACUGGGAUUUUGAAUUUCCUCGUCCAUACUUACCGAAUUUUGAAUUUGUUGGAGGACUGCACUGCAAACCUGCCAAACCUUUACCUAAGGAAAUGGAAGACUUUGUCCAGAGCUCAGGUGAAGAUGGUGUUGUGGUGUUUUCUCUGGGGUCCAUGGUCAAAAACCUCACAGAAGAAAAGGCUAAUCUCAUUGCUUCAGCCCUCGCCCAGAUUCCACAGAAGGUUUUAUGGAGAUACAAAGGAAAAAAACCAGCCACGUUAGGAACAAAUACUCGGCUCUACGAUUGGAUACCCCAGAAUGAUAUUCUUGGUCAUCCAAAAACUAAAGCUUUUAUCACUCAUGGUGGAACUAAUGGGAUCUAUGAAGCUAUUUAUCAUGGGGUCCCUAUGGUGGGAAUUCCCAUGUUUGCUGAUCAGCCUGAUAACAUAGCUCACAUGAAGGCCAAAGGAGCAGCUGUGGAGUUGAACAUGAACACAAUGACAAGGGAAGAUUUGUUCAAUGCCCUGAGAGCAGUCAUUAAUGAACCUUCUUAUAAAGAGAAUGCUAUGAGAUUAUCAAGAAUUCAUCAUGAUCAGCCCAUGAAGCCUCUAGAUCGAGCAAUCUUCUGGAUUGAGUUUGUCAUGCGCAACAAAGGAGCUAAACACCUUCGGGUUGCAGCCCACGACCUCAACUGGGUCCAGUACCACUCUCUGGAUGUGAUUGGGUUCCUGCUAGCCUGUGUGGCAACCGCUGUGUUCCUAGUCACAAAAUGUUGUUUGCUUUCUUAUAAAAAAUUUGGUAAAACAGGAAAGAAGAAAAAGAGGGAAUAG